CAAUGUCAUCGUCUAAUAAACCUCCUAAAAAGAAGAAGCAACAGUUAAAAAACUCUGAUAUCGUUGCUCCGGGUGGUAAUUAUGGGUAUGGGUAUUCUGGUGUAGUUGCUUCUUUCAAUACUGCCAUAUCAAAGUAUGUGAAUUAUACAAAUGCAAAAACUGUCGCGGCCCUUGCGAACAACCAAAAAGAGAUAGUGGAAACAAAAACUGUAAAAAAUUUAACUAGUUCAUACGAGAAAACUAUCAAGAAUCUAAGCAGUAAUUAUAAAGAAGUCAUCAAGAAUUUAAGUGAUAAUCAAACAAAGGUAGUGACGGGGUUGAGUAGAAAUCAUACUGAUAUUAUAAAAACUAUGAACAAUAAUAAGGUAAAAAAAUCAAAAGAUAUGCAUGAUGUGUAUGGAAAGGAUGAUUUGAUCAAGAUGCUGGCUAUUAGCAAUAUUAAUGUGAUGAAUAAGUUGUUAGACCAUGUGACUAGUACUAGUAAGGCAAAAAAUACCUCGAGGGAUAAUAUGGUGAAUCAGUUGUUGGAUUAUUUGAUGAAUAGUAAUAAUAAUAAAUCAAAAAAAAAUGAUUUAGACAAAUUUAAGAAAACUUUAAAACUUUUGAAUAAGGAGCAAACACAG